UGAACUAAAAUUAGAACUCGGCUGACAUUACAUUUCACUUGGUUACGGUCUGACUGAGGAUUUUAAUCAUUCAGAGCGACACUGAAAACAAUUCUCCCUGCAAUCCAUCCUUAAUCACCAACUUUGGGCAUGUCAGCUUCCGCAUCCAGCGACAAUGGUCCUUUCUGAGAUGGCAUCUGUGAUACAUCUAUUCAGAACUUAAUGAAGUUGGUGACAAUGUGGAGAAAUCAUGUCAGAAAAUGUGGUGUGUACUGGAACUGUCACUACUGUAAAGAAAGUUUGGGAAAAAAGAAUAGAGACACUCAAUGAAGACUUGAAGCGAGAGAAGGAAUUUCGACAGAAGUAUGCUUUAACAUAUUCUCCUUUAACCCUUCCUUCUUCUCUACUGAAACUGAAUCAGCUACAGGAGUGGCAGCUACAUAGAACUGGUUUAUUGAAAAUUCCUGAAUUCAUUGGAAGAUUCCAGAACCUCAUUGUGUUAGAUUUAUCUCGAAAUUCAAUUUCAGAGAUACCUAGAGUAAUAGGACUGCUUACUAGACUUCAGGAACUGAUUCUUAGUUACAACAAAAUCAAGACUGUCCCGAAGGAACUAAGUCACUGUGCCAGCUUGGAGAAACUAGAACUUGCUGUUAACAGAGAAAUAUGUGAUCUUCCAGAAGAGCUCAGCAAUUUGUUAAAGCUUACUCACCUUGAUCUGAGCAUGAACCACUUCACUGCAAUCCCUCCUGCUGUGUUGAACAUGCCUGCCCUUGAGUGGCUUGACCUGGGAAGCAACAGACUGGAACAACUUCCUGAUGCUAUAGAAAGAAUGCAAAAUUUACAUACAUUAUGGCUGCAACGAAAUGAAAUAACAUGCUUGCCAGAAACUAUCAGCAAUAUGAAAAAUCUGGGUACUCUUGUUCUCUGCAACAAUAAACUGCAAGAUAUUCCAGUGUGCAUGGAAGAAAUGACCAAUCUGAGGUAUGUCAACUUCAGAGACAAUCCAUUGAAAUUAGAAGUAACGCUUCCUCCCAAUGAAAGCCUAGCGGAAGAGGAACAGGAAUUAUUUGGCCUUCAGUUCAUGCACACAUACAUACAGGAGUCACGGACAGCAGACAACCAAGUCAACUGUUCGACGACUUUACCAAUCUCUAUAAACAGUGAUGGAUAAUAUAAGUCAAGGUGCCCUGCUCAAGAAGAUUACU